AUGUUGAGUUGGAUGUUAGAGACCACCAAACCAAACAACAGUGAUGUACUUAAUGAAGGGAAGGUGUCUGAUGUAACUCGGACUAAGUUGCAGAUUAAGAGAAAGAUUACGCCUAUGUAUCGAGUGAAUCCAAAUAGGCCGAAAUGGUUGCCAAAUAAUUGGACGUUUGAAACAAAAGUCGGUUCCGGUGGAGCCAGUGCAGGACAAAAAGAUAGCUAUUAUUUUGAACCGGUGACAGGGAGUAAAUUCAGGUUAAACACUCAGGUGGAAGAUUUCCUGAAAACAGGUCUCAAGAGGGAAAAACUUGACCUUAACCGUGAUGCUGCUACACCAUGUGAGGGCAAAAAACAAAAGAAGAGUGGAUCGAAAAAGGAAAAGAAGAAUGUUGAUUAA